AUGACGCAUGUACCAAGCGAAGACUCCCACAAGAUCCAAGUGUCGACAGCGAAAUCGCCACCGCCUAAUUCGAAGCGAACUAUCGCUCACGAGCUGGAGUCGAUGGAAACCUCUGCUAGGCCGAGUCGCUGCCGCGAGACAAACGGCGGGCCCGCAGGCCCCUGCAAUCCCUGGACAGGUAAACCGUUUUCGAGCCUCUAUUACCAGCUCGAGGAGAAGCGACGGGCGCUUCCGGUGUUCCAGGAGCGUGAAAGAAUCGUCGAAAUCGUUAAGCGAAACCGCGUCGUUGUCCUACAGGGAGAGACCGGCUCAGGGAAGACAACCCAGGUACCGAGGCUCCUCCUCGAGGCGGGGUUUCAGCGUAUUGCUUGUACCCAGCCACGACGCAUAGCUGCAGUAAGCGUUGCGACUCGGGUGGCGCAUGAGAUGGAUGUGCGGCUUGGCGAGCUGGUCGGCUACACCAUUCGCUUUGAAGACGUUUCGCAUCCGAAACUGACGCGACUCAAGUAUGUGACGGACGGCAUGCUGCUGCGCGAGGCGUUCCAAGAUGAUAGGCUCUCGCGCUACGACUGUAUCAUUUUAGACGAGGCCCAUGAACGUACACUGAGCACGGAUGUGCUCAUGGGUCUUCUCAAGGGUAUUCUGAAGCAGCGCCCCGAACUGCAUAUGGUCGUGAUGAGCGCAACCCUGGAACGUGAUCAUUUUUGCACCUACUUUGACCAUGCUCCGUUGCUGAAUGUAAGCGGUAGAAUGCAUCCCGUGGAUAUUCGCUUUGCAGAGCGUCCUGUCUUCGACUAUCUGUUCGCAGUGGAGCAGCAGGUACGCCAAAUUCAUGAAAACGAACCGGCUGGGGAUGUGCUGAUCUUCCUCACCGGUGAAGAAGAGAUAGAGGAUAUGUGUAGCCGCCUGCGUCACUACUCACGAGCGACGGCGCGAAAACACGGAGCGCCGUUGCAAGUGCUGCCGCUGUAUUCGGCGUUGCCCAUGUCCGUACAGGAGCGGGUCUUCGAGCCGCCACGCCCACCGGAGGCCCGCAAAGUCAUCGUCGCAACAAACGUAGCGGAGACCUCGAUCACUAUCGACGGGAUUACCUAUGUGAUUGAUCCAGGCUUUGCCAAGGUCAAAAUUUACAACCCGAGCACUCGCGUGGAAUCGCUUUUGGUUUCGCCAAUCAGCCAAGACAGUGCAAGACAGAGGGCAGGUCGCGCAGGCCGAACCCGUCCCGGUAUUUGUUAUCGUCUGUAUACAGAGGAGGCUUUCCGAACAGAGCUGCCGGCGCGCUCACAUCCCGAAAUCCUUCGUUCCAAUCUCUGCAACGUCGUACUCACUUUGAAGAAACUCGGUAUUCAUGAUCUUAUUCACUUUGAUUUCAUGGACCCGCCGGCGCCAGACACCAUGAUCCGGGCUUUGGAGAUGCUCUUCUAUCUGGGCGCCGUCGACGAAGAAGUCGAACUGACACAACUGGGACGCCAGAUGGCAGAAUUUCCACUCGAUAUACAGAUCGCUCGAAUGCUGCUUGAGUCGCCACGUCACGGAUCGAGUAACGAAGCAAUCACACUGGCCGCCAUGCUCUCCGUCCCAAACGUUUUCUUGCGUCCACGUCAGCAAGCAGACGAGGCCGACGCUCGAAAGCAGCGUUUCGUUGUAUCCGACAGCGAUCACGCCACUUUGGUGCGCGUCUUUGAGGCCUUCAUGGACCACGGCUGCGAUCGCCAAUGGUGUGCGGAGAACUAUUUGAAUGAUCGAGCGCUCAUGCACGCGGUGAACAUCCGCCGACAGCUGGAGCUCAUGAUGCAACGAAUGGGUCUACGUAUCUGCUCGCCGGGUAGGCGCGCUCCGGACCGUUGGAUACGACUGCGUCGCUGUGUGUUGGAAGGGUUCUUCUCGCAAACUGCAUUCUGGAUGCGACGACGGGAUUACUUGACGAUUCGGGAUGAACAGCUCGUUGGCCUUCAUCCCAGCAGCGUCAUUCGCCAUCGACCUUCGUGGGUAGUAUUCCACGAGUUUGUACUUACAACCGGGAGCUAUAUUAGAACAGUGAGCCAGAUUGAACCGAAGUGGCUCUUCGAGCUGCCUACAAAAUACUACGAUCUACUGGAAUACAAGGAAGGAGCAUCGCGCAGGGCGCUCGAACUCGCCGCCCGUCUAACAGGACAGCGGCGCUCCGCGGCACCGUGA